CUUGUCCCCCAUUCCCUGCCGGCGGCUGAAGCGAGGGAUGGGGGCUGUGCCCGUGCCGUGCUCCCCCCACCCCAGCACAGCCGCUCACCCCCCUCUGCCCACAGCCGCGCUUUCGCCCUUCGCGGCAACCCGGCGCAUCGGGCACCCCUACCAGAACCGCACGCCGCCCAAGCGGAAGAAGCCGCGCACCUCCUUCAGCCGCGUGCAGAUCUGCGAGCUGGAGAAGCGCUUCCACCGCCAGAAAUACCUGGCGUCGGCCGAGAGAGCCACCCUGGCCAAAGCUCUCAAGAUGACGGACGCGCAGGUCAAAACCUGGUUCCAGAACCGCCGCACCAAGUGGAGGAGGCAGACGGCGGAGGAGCGCGAGGCGGAGCGGCAGCAGGCCAACCGGCUGAUGCUGCACCUGCAGCAGGAGGCCUUCCAGAAGAGCCUGAGCCAGCCGCUGCCGCAGGACCCGCUCUGCAUGCACAACUCCUCGCUGUACGCCCUGCAGAACCUGCAGCCCUGGGCCGAGGACAAUAAGGUGACGUCCGUCUCGGGGGUGGCCUCCGUGGUCUGAGGGCGCUGCGUGGCGGAUGGGACCCCCUGCGCCCCUGGGGGCCUCGAACUGAUCGGGAGGCGGCAGUGGGAGCUUCGGCCUGGAGGGGUGCGAGGCGGCCCCGACACCCUGCGGCGGGGAGGGGAGGGGGCUGCUGCUUCCCGGUGCCAUCCCGAGCGGCAGCCCCCUCCCCACACCAAUCCGGGCCCCCUCACUGCCCUGGUGGAGCAGCAGCCCUGGGCAGGUGGGCUCUGAGCAGGAGGACCCCCCCAGCUUUCAUCCCAUGUGCCUCUGCCAGCCCGGAGCCUCUGGGGGGGCCGCCCACCCCGUGCAGCCCCUCGGGGCCCGAUCCCCCAUCAGCGGCUCCAUGCGCUCGGGCAGCUCCUGGGCGCCCAUCCUGCCCGGGGAGGGCAGACUGGGGGUGGCAUCCCCCUGGACUCACACGUUCCCGGUACUGGAAACUCACUGCUGCCCCCGUUCGUUGUGGGGCAGCGUCCGUCACGAGCAUCGUCUCAUCCGGAUGAGUCAGAGUUCAUCAGCUUUGGCUUCCAGCCGGUGGGUCCCAUCGCUGGCUCAGCAUUCCCUGCACACCGGACAGAUGGAGUUUGUUGGCCACACGGGGGGGGCUCCCGGCGCUCCCGGCCCCCGUCUGCAGCUCUGGGCCUGGACGAUGGGCACAGGGUCCCCCCACGUGGCGGUGGGUGGCAGCAGCCCCCCCAAGAAGCUGCUCCCGGGGCCACCUCUGCCUCCUCCCCUCUCUGUGUCUCAGCGUGGGGCUGAACUUUUGGUCUGGCACAAUGCGGACAACGCGGGCAGUGGCUCUUCUGGGUCACCCAGUGAACUUCCACCCCCCCCCCGUGUGUCCCAGCAGCGGGGUGCAGCCAGGCCAGGACUCGAGCAACGCAGGGCUGGGCCACGGGACCCUCCCAGCCAGCUCCAGCCGGGGUCCCCCUG